CCCACGUGAGGAGCAUGCUUCGUCCUCCCAGGGCGCUGAGCCCCCCAGGACCCUCACUAACUGAGGCCCCUAGGGCGGCUCUCUUCUGCUUUGCCCCUCACCCCCUGAGAAUGUACGCCUGCGCCAAGUUCAUCUCUACCCCUGUCCUUGUGAGGAGCAGCUCUCAGCUGCUGAGUCGACCGGUAUCUGCAGUGGUACUGAGACGGCCAGAGGUUCGGACAGAUGAGAACCUCAGCACCUUGGCAGCAUCCGGUCCCCUGACUUCACUCAUUCCCAGAUGUGGAUUCCAAACUAGCGCCGUCUCAAGGGACGUUGACACAGCAGCCAAGUUCAUCGGAGCUGGAGCUGCCACUGUGGGGGUGGCUGGCUCUGGAGCUGGGAUUGGGACUGUAUUUGGAAGUCUCAUCAUUGGUUAUGCCAGGAAUCCCUCCCUGAAGCAGCAGCUCUUCUCCUACGCCAUCCUGGGCUUUGCCCUGUCUGAGGCCAUGGGGCUCUUUUGCCUGAUGGUGGCCUUCCUCAUCCUCUUCGCCAUGUGAUGGAGCCAUUUCUACCCCUCAACGUUUCUGAACGUUCCUCCUCCUCCUGGUCCUUCUGUGACUUGUCCAGCCAGUGUGUACCUCCCCCUCCAUCUCCCCAGGCAGCCCUGGGGAAAGCUGUGGGCUCAGGGUUUGACAGAGGGAAGACAAAUAAAUACUGUAUUAAUAAGCUGUU